AGAGAGGUGAGUUAACAACAAUUAUCAGAAAACAUCAGCACAGAAGCAGCUGCCUCUGGGAUGGCUCUCCCCACCUCCAGGUGACCUUGCUUUCCUGGUCGCUCUCGUCUCCUUUCCUCCGAAGGGCAUCCUCUGUUUCCUUGCCAUCCCCCCUGAUAACUGGCCCCCGGGAUUGGCUUUUCUUAGUUCACAUUCGAGAAGCAGAUUGGCUGCUCCCAGGUCAGGUGCUGCCUCUGGGUCCAAUCAGCUAUGAGCAAGAAGGGUGGGGCCACCCUGUCUGGGAGGAGCCUCGAGUCACCUCUUCAUCGGCGGUGGUCGGCGGUGGUCGGCAGCGGUACCCCCAAGAAGGCGGCGGGAAUGGCCGUCGAGGAAACGGACACGUCCGGAGAGGAUCCCUCGCCUUCAUUAACGGCGGCCACAUCAUAAACGGCGAGGACUGCAACCCCCACUCGCAGCCCUGGCAGGCGGCACUGUUCCUGGAAGACGACUUUUUCUGCGGGGGCGUCCUGGUGCAUCCGCAAUGGGUGCUGUCAGCCGCACACUGCUUCCAAAAUUCCUACACCAUCGGGCUGGGUCUGCACAAUCUUGAGCCCGAACAAGAACCCGGCAGCCAGAUGAUGGAGGCCAGCCUCUCCAUUCAGCACCCAGAAUACAACGAGCCGUCUAUGGCCAACGACCUCAUGCUCAUCAAGUUGAAAGAAUCGGUGUCGCUGUCUGACACCGUCCGGAACAUCAGCGUCGUCUCCCAGUGCCCGACCCCUGGGGAUUCUUGCCUCGUUUCCGGCUGGGGUCGGCUGGCCAGUGGCAGACUGCCCCAAGUGCUGCAGUGUGUGAACAUCUCCGUGGCUUCUGAGGAGGUCUGCAAGGCGCGCUACGGCCCCGUGUACCACCCCAGCAUGUUCUGCGCUGGCGGAGGCCAGGACCAAAAGGACUCCUGCCACGGUGACUCUGGGGGCCCCCUCAUCUGCAAUGGGUCCCUGCAGGGCCUCGUGUCCUUUGGACAAGCCCAGUGUGGCCAACCCAACGUGCCAGGCGUCUACACCAACCUCUGCAAAUUCACGGACUGGAUACAGACGACCAUCCAGGCCAGUUAACUCCCAGGACUGGGAUGCAUGAAACGGAACCCCCACAUGUACUCUGCUGAAGAAAUUCAGGAAUCUGGGUUCCCAGUGCCUUCCUCCCUCAGCCCCAGGAGUCUAGACACCCCCCAACCCCCUCCCUCCCAGGAGUCCCCUCCCACCGAGAGUCUUUUCCUGAACACAGUGCCCCCUAGUGGCACAGGUUAGCCCCGCUUAACCAUUGGUAGAGAAAGUUUGUUUUCCCUGUUUUUUUGUUUUUUAGUUUUUUUGUCCCUUCCCCUAAGGCCAGAAAUAAAGUCUAUAAGAAGCACAGA